AUGCAUUUCAGCCACGACCCCGCCGCUUUCCAACUUUGCGCAAACCGUGCCAUGUUCGAGGGCGAGGACUCGGGCUCCGUGGACGGGGAGCUGAAGAUCGAGGAGCGCUCCCCGAGCUCCGGGCCCUCCAGCCCGCUGUCAGUGAACUCGGACUCCAGCUGCGCCAGCCCCGAGGUCAAGUCUUUGUUAACGCAGCAGAGAGUCAGAAGGCCCCUGAACGCCUUCAUCAUCUGGACCAAAGAGGAGCGCAGGCGGCUGGCACAGCUCAACCCAGACCUGGAGAACACGGAUCUGAGCAAAAUACUCGGAAAAACUUGGAAGGCCAUGUCUCUGGUGGAGAAGCGUCCAUACAUGCAGGAAGCGGAGCGUCUGAGAGUCCAGCACACUGUCGACUAUCCAAACUACAAGUACCGGCCCCGCAGGAGGAGGCAGCCGAAGAAGAGCUCCAAAGCCCAGGGUGUGGAGCUUCCUCACUCCCUGCUCUGCGGCUCAGGCUUCCCCGGGUCCUACAACCUCACCUACCUGCUCCAGAACCAGCAGCAAUACUCACCAGCUUUCCUAAACUCCCAAGCUAACUUUGUCCCUUUGAGCAACAGUUACUCAAACUCUUAUCCAGACACAGCCACGUGUGCAGCAGACGUUUUCCAAAAUAAGUCUGGGGUGUACCCAAACCCUCCUGCGUACCCUGCAGAACCUCAGCGGUAUUUCGAUGGUCAGCACAUGCAGUAUGGUUUCUCCAGCGCUGCAGCUCCACAUGUGGAUCAGGGGGAGUCCAGCACAGUUUACGGGUGCCUGUUGUCUGUGGGGCCCUCCCUAGAGUUCUACCUGGAGCAGGUUCAGCUGGACAUGCUGUACGAUCUGGACCGCAGCGAGUUCGAACAGUACCUGGGUCCAAACCCUCAAAGGCCGGAGUCAGUGGAUCCCAGCUACAUUCAGCAGAGCAGCCACCAAGAGGGACGCUCACUCGCAUAA